AUGACAUUCAUCAAUUUAGACUUAGUUGCUACUACUGUGAUGUUCUGCAAUAUAAUCUCACAUGGAAGAAUGGCCAUCUUGAUAUUAUCACUUAGAAUAAAUAGAGUCAUGGAAGCACUCGUGACAACAUCUAGACCUCUGUCCCAAAUCUUUGUUAGGUCAACUAAUACCAGAAGCAUUGAAGAAAAUAUCAAAGGAUUAGUUAGUAAACUUAUAUCUGAUUUUUUUAAUAUAUCAGAGAACUUUGAUAGAAUUGAGCAGAAACGCGUUGAACUCGCUGAGAUAUUGGGUAAGGAUAUUCUUUCUAAGAACGAAGUGGUUGAUAAGCAAAACAGAUUUCUUUCGAAUGCAAUCAAAACAGCUCUUCAAAAUUCAGGUCUCGGUGCUGGAAACCGAACUUCAGAGUAUUCUUCCUAUACUAUGGUCGCUUCAAUCUCUAGUUUGUUGGUGUUAUAUGGAGACUUUAUUUCGAUAGGAAUGUUUUUCACGGUAGAUGAAGAAAAGAGGGUUUUUGGUAAUAUUGAUUAUCCUAAUGUAGGAGGUACGGUUAUUCGAGUAGAAGAUGAAGACAUAGACGAAGAAAGACAGGAUGGGGAGGUGGUAGAUGAGGGGCUAUCUGAAGAACUGGAGGAUGUAUUAAAAGACAAUAACAGAGAGCAUCUUAUGACAGGAAGUGGUUCUUUUAACGUAAUGAAACAAUGCUUUUCAAGACAAGGUUUAUUUCCAGCUGCUAAAAUGACGACGGUUCACGUGACACCUGAUGUAAAUGGUGUUGCAAUGGAUAAGUAUAUUAGGGAUUCGUUGAAAUAUAUUUCCAAUAAUAUUGAACCUGAUAGCUUGUUUAUUGCGACCAAGCUACUGAACCCAAAUCUUGGAAAUAAGUUUGCUGGUAUUUUUUUAAUCGAUGAUACAUUUUUACGAGGCCAUUUUAAGAACCUGAUUAACAUUGUCGGUUUGACAACCGAUUACAGGUCAAUUCCUUUAGCUCAUUUGUUCACUGCCUCACAUGAAGCUUCAAAGGCUUGCCGUAUUGCCAUCCAAUUAUUGAAAAGGAACGUUGAUUUAGACUGCUCUGCUGCUAAUUUCAUCUGUGACCAAGGUAAAGGACCCGAAGCUGCAAUCAGAGAAGAGCAUGGCAAAGAGGCACUUACUUUGGUCACCCGUUUGUCUAAGAAUUUAAUCAGGAACGCAAAGGGGAGAGUGAUAGAGGCAUUCCAGGCAGCAACCCACACACUUGAUCCGCAGGUAUAUGAGGAAUCUAUCAACGAACUGAUAGAAAAAUUUCCAGAAAGUAAAAGGAAUUCCGGUAAUUCGACUUUCAAGAAACUCACUGAAAAUCCACGAUCCUUUUCCAGAUUGAAACGUGACUACCCUCAUUGGGAAAUAUUUACUACAAAUCCUGUUGAACAAUCCCAUUCAAUUAUAAAGGUGUUGAAAAGAGGGAGUCUCGUGAACAUGAUAGUGAAUUUAACAUCCUUCCAAAUCAGUUGCCAGAAUAAACUUUUCUUGGAGAACAAGAAAGAACUGGCUUUUACUGUUUGGGGAGCAAUGUAUAUAAACUGUGUUCUAGCUCUGGCUCUAUGUUUCACUGUUGUAUCAAGGGGUAAUUCUUCCUUUGAAGUUUCCUAUGACAAUGCUGGUGACGUUUCUUUAUUAAAGGUAAACCAACCUUAUUGUAAAUUUUUAUCAAGAGACAAGAGAUAUGCUCAACGUCGUAGGGAUUACAUCCAUUCCUUGAUGUCAGGACCCUUUGGAUCUAAAAUCCUGGUUACCUCUGAUGGAUGUCAACUUUGUAAGCAUGGUAGUGGAUAUUUGAAAUGCCCACAUGAAGUGGCUGUUGUUUUAUCGGUGGAACUGGCUUCUUCUAGAUAUGAGAUGCUAGAAACUAACAGAAUUGAUGCUGUUGAUUUCUUAACGCUACUAGUCGAGAGGAUUGGUAUCUCAAAGAUUAUAGAGUUUGCUGAAUGUGCAUCCCAUUAUGUUCAAUGGUAA